GGUAUAGAUGCGUGUGUUUGUGUGUACAGUGCUUUGCGGCGCGGCUCCUGUAGAGAGCGGUAGAUAGUUUGGAGAAGUGUCUGCUCGGCUCUACUGUACAUCGGAGGGAGGAGCGAGCGUGUAGUAUUUCUUUUUUGGUUCUUUCCCCCUCUGUCGUUGCAGCCCAUCCAAACGCUACUGGAAAGGCAAGAAAAGGGGGAAACAAACUAGCCGAUUUUUACGCACGAAUCCAAAUUAAGGGAGGAAGCGGUGCAAGGAGGAAGGAAGUCAGGAAGGAGGUUACGGUGUGACGGUACGACGCGCAGCGGCUCGGCGGAGGGAAGCAACCGGGGCUCGAAGUGCGAGGGGGGACGGGGAGACAUCCAGCGCACAAACCCGGAGGAGCCACGCUGACUUUUUCUCCGGCUUCGGGCUGCAACCCCCCUCCGAAUCUCCGGACAGUUUUCACGCCGCGUGUUGUUGGAGCGCGUCCUGGGGGGUUUGGUGACCGACGAUUUCCCUGAGGACCCCAUGUUUGGGAUGAAAGCCGGGAGCGAAUGUAAAGAAACGGCACUGAAGUGAAGGCAGCUGAAGGGCGGAGACGAGGCGGGCUUCGCCACGCAGGAGGCCUGGGGAAAUCAUUAACCGCUCACAAACGCAUGCAGCAUGACUGAUACUGUCGAGGGAUGCUGUGCAGAUAUGAUGCUUCUUCAGUCUUGGCUUUAAUAGAGAGACGGGGCGCGGAUCGAUAGCAGCGACUGGAUCCCACUCCGCCCUCAGUAUCCUUGAGAACCGACCUCCACCUCCAGCCCUGGCCCCGGUUCAGCCGAUUUUCACCUCUUUGGAGCCUCCAACGACCUCCAUAUCUUGCAGCUUCACACUGAACCUCCAACACUAGCAACCUCAGGAGGGGUCACUCCUUUGGGAGACGCCCGUCGCCCCCCUCCCAGGACCCCAGGGACGGGACCCUGUCAUGUUUAACUGACUGACGCCUCCCGACUGGCGAAUGACAAGCGUGCAUCCGAGGGUGGGGCUUGCCUCAGUCUCUCAUGAUUGGCUGCUGGAUGGAAUUAAGGUGAAUGGAACACAUGCCCAAGGAGCAGGACUCUAACCCAUCAGAGGGAGAAGAGAAACAGUGGCGCAAUGGCCCGAAAAGGAAGAGGAAGAACAGCCAAUGUUCGGUGAAGAGUAUGACUGGGUACAUACCCAGCUACCUCGAAAAGGAUGAGCCAUGUGUGGUGUGUGGCGACAAGGCCACAGGUUACCACUACCGCUGCAUUACCUGCGAGGGCUGCAAGGGUUUCUUUCGUAGGACCAUUCAAAAGAACCUCCACCCCAGCUACUCCUGUAAGUACGAUGGCUGCUGCAUCAUCGACAAGAUCACCCGCAACCAGUGUCAGCUCUGCCGCUUCAAGAAGUGCAUCGCAGUGGGCAUGGCCAUGGACUUGGUCCUCGAUGACUCAAAGCGAGUGGCCAAACGGCGGCUGAUUGAGGAGAACAGGGAGCGGCGCAAGAAGGAGGAAAUGGUGAAAUCCCUCCAGACCCGUCCAGAGCCCACCGGGGCAGAGUGGGAGCUAAUCCACCUGGUGACAGAGGCCCAUCGACACACCAAUGCUCAGGGCUCACAGUGGAAACAGAAGCGUAAAUUCCUGCCAGAAAAAAUCGGCCAGUCUCCGGUUUCGCCGACGUCAGACGGAGACAAGGUGGACCUGGAGGCCUUCAGCGAGUUCACCAAGAUCAUCACUCCUGCCAUCACCCGCGUCGUCGACUUUGCCAAAAAACUGCCCAUGUUCUCGGAGCUGCCUUGUGAAGACCAGAUCAUCCUGUUGAAGGGCUGCUGCAUGGAGAUCAUGUCGCUGCGAGCCGCCAUGCGCUACGACCCGGACAGCGAGACGCUGACGCUGAGCGGCGAGAUGGCGGUGAAGCGCGAGCAGCUGAAGAACGGCGGGCUGGGCGUGGUGUCGGACGCCAUCUUCGAUUUGGGCAAGAGCCUGGCGCAGUUCAACCUGGACGACACGGAGGUGGCGCUGCUGCAGGCCGUGCUGCUCAUGAGCUCAGACCGAUCGGGCCUCACCUGCAUGGACAAGAUUGAGAAGUGCCAGGAGACCUACCUGCUGGCGUUCGAGCACUACAUCAACUACCGCAAGCACAACAUUCCCCACUUCUGGCCGAAGCUCCUGAUGAAGGUGACGGACCUGCGGAUGAUCGGGGCGUGCCACGCCAGCCGCUUCCUCCACAUGAAGGUCGAGUGUCCCAACGAACUCUUCCCCCCGCUCUUCCUGGAGGUUUUCGAGGACCAGGAGGUGUGAGACGCCACAAAGGGAAGAGGAAGUUUGGGGGGCAAAUAAACGACAAAAAAAAACAGCAACACACAAAACGGGAGAUGGGUUUUCCCGCCGACGUUUUACCGUCCGGCCAGAGGAUGAUGGAGGGACGUCACAUUCACAGUAUGUGGUCUGAAACUGGAAAUAAGCGAAACAGCAACAACACACCAGCAACAGGAGCAAACAGGAUUUCGUUCACCUUCUCCUCCACCUCCUUCUCCUCCUCCUCAUGCUUACCCGUUUUCAAAUUGGUGUGGGGGCCCUUCUGUCUGAGCACGAUGUCUUAUCUACUAAGAGUUGUAGCCAUUUGCCAAGACACAAACACAAGCACGCGCACACAAACACACAACAAGCCUGUUCCACCUCAGUUCUUCAGAGCAGCGCUCUUUGCAGGGGUUCAUUUCCCCCCUUCUUGGUUCUUCUGUAGCGGUCGCAGGUUUAUUUUGAAGCCCUCGUCUCUCUGGCGUCGCGGCCGGAAGCACCUCUCAGUAUUAUUUCUGAAUAAGUGUUAAGGCAGAAAUUCAGAAAACACACGGACGAUAGUUUGUCCCUCGGUAAAAGGCUGCACACUGAAAUUUUACCGCAGAUGUUUUCCGCUUUGCUCUGGAGCGUCCUGGCCGGAAGUGAAGCAGAGCUAGUUAUCAAUUACUCAAUCUGAGCCGUUCGCAGUGAAACCGGUGCUAUAUUUAUACAAGGCUACUCCAGUUUUAUGAAAUUGCGUUGUCUACCUUUGAAAACCGUGCAGACCGUGGCUCCAUAUCUACCUUCAUGUUGUCACUGGACCGGCUCCUGUGACAAACACACACAUAUACACACAGAAACACAUGAGCAGACUCGCCUCGUUGUUGCCUGUAGGUCUUGGAAAUGGCGACUAACAGAAAGCAGAGCUAGCGGGAUGUAAAUGCUGGACUGUAGAUUCGGUUCUGAAUAGCAGCAACCAGCGGCAGGACGGUGACGCUCAUCUGACAAACACACACACACACACACACUCUGUCUCUAUUUGUGACACAUAUUAACAUGAAAACACACAACAUCACCUCAGAGUAACGUGAAUGCCUCAUUUUACUGUACGCGCUGUACAGUACGCGGCGCUGGAAUGCAGCCCUAACCUGCAGGGUUCGUACCGAGUCCCUCCUCCUCACGGACUCGGCUCAGUGUGGCCCCUCCAGGCUUCCAUACACAUCUGCCUUUUUUUUGACCAUGGGCGUCACUGAGAGCAGGCUAAUGCCAAGAAGGCUACCAUUUACCUCAAAGCGGACACACCCCAAGGCUGGGGCAGCAAUACUGCCCCCGUGGUGUCGGGCACUACCUCACCUCUGUGGACACAGGGCAGCUGCCCACAGCCUACACACAGACAUACACCAUCCAAGUUGGCGCACGAUUAACACAGUUUUUACACCUGUAGUCGAGGAUAAAGUUAAAGAAAAAACACUCUCAGAUUACACACACACCCUCAGUGCUAUCACUUGGUUCAAAUGAAAUACCACUGAAGACAGGAGGGCCGACCACCUCCCCCGGGAGCCGUGGUACCCAUCACAUCCGGCUUUUUCUUUUUUUUUUUGUUAUAAGGGACCAAUUGUCGUCUUUUUUUUUUAAAAAAAUAAAAAAAUUUGGAUUUACGUGUUUCUGUAAAAACAGACGAAGGACGGAGUGGGUGUGCAGCCCAGCUGACACCCGAAAAACAGCGAGAGGAUCGAAAAACACGCAGUCAAAACCCAACGGUCGCCUCACCCGAUGAAUCGCAUCAAUGGAAGGGGCAGUUUUUCCUGUUUUUUGUUUUUUGCAAAGCGAUAACGUUCUUAUUGGAAAUAAGCUCCUGCACGGAUGAAAACAUGGAAUGUCCUCGAUUCUUUUGGCCGCUCACGACGGUGACGUUUCAGAGCAGAUAUCAUCAGUGAAUGUUGCAUUGGAUUUACUCAGAAGCCCGCUCUGUUCAUUCCUUUUCUGGGGCCAAGCCAAAGCUAGCUGGGUUCACCAACGCGAAGACAAAGAAAGGAAUCGGAGGCUGUUUUGCUGAGCAGUCGACCAGGAACCAGAGGAACAGCAGAAAGAAAGAAGAAUCCCCUUCCUCAAGCACAUCUCCAGACAUCUCCAGCCCCGUGACUUUGCCCUUUUUAUUUCCUGGAGCCGAGCUCAGACUGAUCCACCACCACCAACGAUAGAUCAGAGACGCCCGUUCAGCCAGGCUGGCGGGAGUUUUUUGCACUACUGCAGCAGUCUUUCCCCCUUUCAUCAAGUUCUAGAUUCAAUCCAACCCAGUGAUACAGCUCUGUGUAACAGAGGCCGGCGUGUUGCAGUGGACUUGGUCCCAAACCCGUCCUGUUGUCAGUAUUACACCGACCGGCCCACUAAAAGGGUGGAGAGAGAAGCAAAAAUCUUCCGGAAGGGUUUCCAGAGGGCUGCAUAGCACUUAACUCCCUUUUUACCCCCAUCGUUUCCCCCAUUCCCCUUCCCUUCCCUUGAGCGAAACCUCCAAGCCCGGCCCAGACACCAAACAAGGAUCGAGGCCUGUCCCUUGUGAGACGAGGCUGGCCAUAACUGCCCUUUUAUCUUUCUUUUUUUUAAAAGACCGGCGCCACUGAUUGAAUGUGAAGCAGCAGCAGGAACUCGAGAAUGUGAGGAGAGGAAAUAAAGAAGCCGCUUGAGGAAAACCCCUCGCCGGCGUCCUCGACAUGGGCGAGAGACGGGGGGCUGAUGUGGCCGGUUGUAGAGACAACAAAUAGGAGGAAGUCUUGGGAAAAAAUCUCAGCUGCACAUGAACGUCCUCUCCGACUCCCAUGCCAGCUAAUAAACCCCCCCAAAAACGUCCUCCUCUCCCCUUCAGCUCCCUCCAAAAAAAAGGAUAAAACCUCCGAUGUUGGAUCGCCGCAGAGACGCCGCGUCUUUGUGCAAAAAGAAACUGAAAAAGCAAAAUAUAUUCGAUGUCCUUUGUUGUCGUGAGCUGAGCGGGUAUGUGUGUGUGACCGUAGGGGUUAAAAUGCUGCUUUACCUUCUGAUUUAGAGUAAAAGAAAAAAUAUAUGAAAUGAUUUUAAAUCCAUAAGACAAAAAUGAAAAAGAGAUGACUUUAAAAAAAAAAGGACUCCUGAACAAAAAUUAUCGGAGAUUUGCUUUCAUUUUAUAAUUUUUUUUCUUAUAUUUCUGUUUGUUUUUUUGUUUUGUUUUUUGACGCUUAAAACUGCUCUGUGUAAAAGAGAUAAAAAAAUACAGCUGUAGUCACUUUUUGACCAUGCGUGCAGUGUAACAUAGAAAAUAUUUCACUUCUUUUUUCACAUCUAUAGUUUUUUGUCUUUAUAAGCCAACUGAUCUGUUUGUCUGUGUGUCUGUCCAGUUGUCCGUCCCCUUUUAUCAGGAGGAAUUUACAACCAACAAUGGAAAAAAAAAAAUUUGAAAAAACUACAAAAAAAAAAAAAACAGGAAUUUUCUUUUUUUAUAUUUUGUUUUCUUUUUUUAUGGAAAUACAACUUUGGAAGAAAAAAACACAAAUAGAGAAAAAAUAAUGCAACAUAAACUGAAAAAAGCAAAAAAAAAACACAAACAAUCUUGUCAUACCUCACACAACACAAAACUCAAAGGAACUUGGGAGGAGUCAUAUUUUGCAGGCACAUGUGAAAGUUCAUAGAUACAUAUAUAGAUUUAAAAACAAAAUGUACAUGCUAAAGAUAAUAUGUGCUUGUGUGUACGCAUCAGUGGAAGUUACAAAAGGACUCUUCCCUCAAGCUUUGGCGCUCCUUUUUUAUCGUUAGCGAUUUCGUUUGCGGCACAGUUUCCGCAGAAAGUAAAGCUUAAAAAUGUGAACGGCCCAGAGACUGAGGGAUUUGGACUUUCUGUAAUGGCUGAGUGUCUUAUGGAACUGAAUGUAGCUGACAGGAGGGCGGCUGGACCUGAGCCCGGCACCCACAACCUAAACUUCCACACACCAGCAGAAAGGAUAGUGGUCUCACAUAGACGUUACAAGAAGAAUUAAAAAGAAAAACAACCAACAAAACUGAGAAAUAUAUAUAUAUCUAUAUAUAUAUGUAUGUUGCCCCGUCUGCAAGGUGCAAUACUAUGUUAUGUAUUUUGUAUGUCCUUUUUGUUUCUGUUCUUUUAUUUUCAUUUCAUUUUUUUUUGUUUUUAUUUUGGCCAUAACCAAGGAUGUAAAUACAAGAUAAAAAGUAAGCAUAGAACACUCAUUGUAAAAACUUUUUUAAAAUUUAACCGCUCCAUCCCACCGUCAUUUAAGUGGAACUAAAACAAAAAGAAAAAAAACUAUAAUAAUAAUAAUAAUGAGCAAAGAAAUGUGUAAUGCUUGUUACAUUUUCUACGUGUGCACCCUCUCACAUGUGCAUGCAGAUCCAUACUCAAAAAGUGCCCCGUGACGUUUAUCAUGAACCCUGUGCCUCCUCUUGUUUGCAAAGAGAUAGAUGGUUUAUUGGAGUUAGAAAGUGGGAGAAUAGAACAUAAAGCAGGUUUAUUAUUUUGGCGCGAAUGCCAGCUAACCUGGCUGCUACACAUCGUUUAAGUUCUCAGAACGGACGGAAAAGCUGUCCAUGACCUCACAGGAGCUCCGCGGAAACCUGCCUCGAAAUGUCGGAUGUUGUCUGGAAAACCAUCUAGUUUUGUCGCUUUUAGGAGCUACUUCUGUAGGUAUUUCUGGGAUUAAUACAGGAGGUCCUUGACUUACAUUGGAGUUCCAUUCCGAGGUCGAUUUUCGCCGUAAAGGCCUCUACACACGGUGAAAUUUUAACGAUCGUGUAAGUUCACAGCUUGCUUCGCUGUACGACACGAAUCUAAUGAUCUUUGGGCACGACGUUAAGUUGGCUCUGUGCAGAUUGCCCGAUAAAAAUGCAGCUGAAUCGCAGCCUACGACGUACGUGAGUCGACGUGAACGCACAAGAAUAAAACAUCAUGAACGUGCGCCAUCCAUCCAUGAAAACUAAACAACCGAAGCAUAAACUGAGCUCCGACAAUCACAAGGAAACUAGCCAAACAUAAACAGAGCCCUCGCCCUGGUGACCUUUAAGUAUUUGGAGAGAAAUCCCAAAAACAUGAGGCUUCUGCUGCCACAACUCUACUAGGCUGUCUUCUUUGUUCAAAUCCCACAUACUUGUUUUGAUGCAUUUCGCCAUUGGCGCCACAAAUCGUGUAUUUGGGUUAGAAUUUUAUGGCAGCUUGCCUUUGGUCGCCAUGACAACAGCCGUCCUUGAACCUGUCUUACAGUGUGGCGUAGGACCACUGAUUUAGAGCCAAGACCAAAGAUAUCGCCACAAUUCUCUCAUUAUUGUUAUCUUUGGUCUGGGACGGCUGAAAAUCACACAGUCUGUAGUAGUAUUAAGUCGGAACUCCAGUGAAAACAUAAACAAACCCAUUACAUGCAUCACAAUAUCAGUUUACAUAUUUGUACAACUACAGUAACGACAAACAGUCAUGAGCUUACACUGAAACACAACUCGGUAGGAAAAUACAGGUGAAAAUGUAAGCAAAGCCGUUGUGCAUCACCAUAAGACUCACCGGGAUACGCCGCCGCUGUUGGUCUUCCAGCCAAAGCAGUAAUAAUCUUUCCAUCUCAAUAAUGAGACCACGAUUUCGGAUCCUUUCACAUGUUUAAGUGUCCGCUUUUUAUCACCAAUGAUCAUCGAGACAGUCACGGGACUCAGUCCAAGCAACCGGCCGAUGUUCCAAGUGUUCUAUUACAUCCAGUGUCACCAGUUUCCAUGGAGAUGGCUUUCUUUUCUGCGAAGCAUCAGAAGAGUCUGAUGUACACUUGGAAGCCAUAAUGAAGUUAGCGAAAGUAGCACAAUCCAAAGUGGGGGCAAAUGAAAACAAAGCCAUGUUAUAGCGCUGCGUGAUGACGUAUUCAUCCGCUUCACUCGUCAACUAGUUCCACUGGACCAGUUCUGAUGUAACGACAAAAUGCCGUAUGUUAAACCGUGGACCAUCCCGUAAUCAGUUCUGAUGUAACGGCAAAGCGCCGUAAAUCGAGGACGUCGUAAACCGAGGACCUCCUGUAUUGCAUAUGCAUCUUCAAGAUUUAUUUAUAGCGCUUCGAUAUCUGGCAAGAUUGAUUCAAGUAAUGCUUCAAAUUCAGCUUUUACGGGAUCGAAUCUGAGCCAAAAAACAUCUGAAAUGAAGCGCAAAUGAGGUUUUAACUUGUUUCCAGACAGCAAAAACGAGCUUUCCGAGUCCGGUUUCUCUGCGGAGCUGCACAGAUCCUGGUUUUAUUCUCACAUGUUGACACAUUGGACAAGGGUGGAUAUUUGUCUGGAAUGUCCUUUUUUUUUGUUUGUUUUUUUAUGGUUGUGUUUGGUCCCCCCCUUAUGCCAAAUGGAGAGUUUUCUUUAAAGACGACAUGCAAGUAGCAAGAUGUCUAUGCAAUUUCCCUCCUUAAAAACACGAAAACAACUAAAAAUCCCUCCAAAAUGAUAACAAAAAGAAGACGGGGCUCGCUGUAACAACAAGUGGCUCCGUUUCUCGCUGGUGAAAAAUCUAAUUCAGCCCGGCUUGAGUUUCCAGAGGUUCUUUGCAUGACCCGAAGACCCCUUGCUACUGUGUGUGGGAACCGGGCUCUCCUGGAGGUUUGCCGGACUUGGAGCGGUUCAAAGUCCGGCGAACCUCCACGACGGCGUCUGGGUCCAUAAGAGGAAGUAGGAGGGCUUUUACUGGGGAUGUUGUGGAGAACAAGGAUUCUACGAGAUGUGCUGUUUUUUGUAAACUGCUCAGAAAAGUGGUGCGUGCAUUACGUGAGUGUGUGUGUGUGUGUGUGUGUCGUUUGGACGUCGGCGGGCGUUUCCUUCAGUGCUCUCGUCGUUCGGUGGACCCAAAAAUCCAGACAAAAACCCUUAAAAUUCAACCCCCGAAGCCUUUUUCCCCCCUGCGGCCAAGUCAGUGUAAAAUUAGAUUUUGAAGAGGUUCCUGUUCAUGAGUUUACUUUAAUCCAUUCCUAGAAUGGUAAAAGAAGAAAGCAGGUAAAAACGAGCAUCUAGAACCUGCUGACCUUCAAUUCUGCAUAGAGCACUUAACUAGAAAGCACUUUGAACGGCCCCAACCCCAAAAAUCUUUGGCAGAUUUAAUUGUAAUGAGAUAAAAAUAUUUAUGAAUAUGUAAAUCGCACCCAUGCCAAAUGCCUUUUGCACCAUUUAAUGUCUUUUUUAAAUUAGUUUAACCCAAAAAUAAACAGCUCAGGCCCCUAGGCAAAGCCAUUUUAAUUCUAAAGUUUACAAUUAUUUUUUCAAUCAAGUGCAAUAAGAGGGAGUGAACCUUGUGGCGUAUUUGUCGUCUAAUCAGAUCUUUUUUUUUUCUGUUGCCACCAACGAGAGCAUCGACCAAACGGAAAUGAAAAUACCUCGUUCCAGACACACACACAGACACACACCAACAUGCACACACACAAACACAGACCACUUUUUGUGACUGGGUAAAGGAAGCUAUUGAAGGAGUCUCUCAGGUAAAAAGAACAUUUUCUAAUAAAUGAUGAUGAACCUUAGAUAAAAACCCAUUGUUAGCUCAUCUUUUUUUCCUCUUCUCAAUUUGCAAUCGCCCGAUGUACGUUUUGUUUUUUCUUUUUUUUUCUGUUCAGUGUUUUUGGUCCAGGUUAAAAAGUGUAUGGAAAACCAGGCUGCUCACAAAAAAAACAAAAACAAAUUGGAGGCAGAAUAAUCAGGCUGCGUUCUUCUAGCUCGAAAUGAAAGCAAAUAUCUUCAUGUAUUGAGGUGGGAAAGUGUCUGUCAGUUGGGGUUUUUUGGGUGUUUUUGGGUCAUUUGGGUUUAAUUGGACAGAAGCCCAUUUGUGCCAGGAAAAAAAAGAUAACAAAAAUAAAAUAAAGCAUAAGAAAUUCUGAGAUAUUAACUAAUACUAACUUUAUAAUGUCAAAAUUAUGACAAACUUAAGUUAUUUCCUCACAAUUUUCAAACAUUUUGACAUAAUUGGCUGCCAUAAUUUAGAUUUUUGCAUGAUAUAGAUAUCAAGAUAAGAUAUUAACCCAAACUUUUGACUUUUUUCUGUCAAAAUUUUGACAUUUCAAUUUAUUAUCUUGUCAUUUUCACUUGAAAAAUAAAAUUUUGGACAUAUUUGGCCUCCAUAAUUUAGAAUUUUGUAUGAAUUUACUUAUUGUUGUUGUAGAAAAUGCUAGGUGAAAAUGAGAUCAGGACAGCAUAAAAAUAAGAUAUUAAGCCAAACUUAUGAUUUUAUUAUGGCAAAAUUAGAACAUUUCAAUUUAGUACUUCAUAAUUUUUACUUUAAAAAGUAAAAAUUUUGCACUUAAUUGGCAAUCAUAAUUAAUUUUAUUCGUCAUAUGUCCAAAUCACACCUUAGAAUUCUAUAAUUUGGCUUUUAAAAGCCAAAUUUAGCGUUUAGUGUCAUAAUUUCUGUUUGUUAUGUCAGAUUUUUGACUUUAAAAAUUUGAAUUUAUGUCGAAAGCUGUGCAUCAGUUAUUUUUUUCCUGGCAGAAAUGAGUUGCACAGUUAAAAAAUACACCAAAAAAUAUUUUGAUUUCUUUGUGAUUCCAUUCAGGUCAGCUUAAUUUUAUUUCUAACAUCCGGCCCGAGCGCUUGAUCCCAAAAGCAGGUCACAUUUGGACUUCUUCUCAUGCGCCAGAUUGUGCACAUCUAAAUCCAGCCCUUCCUUACCGACAUCCAGUCUUUUGCACUUUCUCCCUCAAAGCGCGGGCUGCAGCUCUCCUCACCCAGUUGGCUGACGGGUUACAUUCAGCAGCACAUGGCUCCAUCCGAGCCGCCAUCAUCCACCCGGCAGGCCUCUUCUACUUCACUGUUCUUACUGUUCAGCUCUGUGAUGUUCCCAGAAGGUUGGCGUGGCUCCAACCACGGCUGUGCAUGUGUCUAAGUGUGUGCAUGUGGAUGUCAGCACCCGUGUGUGUGUCGGUUUGCUGAUUUUCUGAUCGACCUGCUUCGCUUUCCCUGCCUAAAAUAAGAAAAAUGUUUUUAAAAAAGCACCUUUUUAGGCCGCGGUUUGACAGAAGUCUGUAGAACGGAGCCCUCUCGUAUUUCCUUUGAAGAAUGUACCCAGCGCUGCAGGAAAGAGGGGGAUUAUUUCAAAAUAAAAGCUGCAAUAAUUAAAAAAAUAACUAAAAUUAGCAGCAAUUCGCAAUUGUUUUCCCGAAUGAUGGCCUUAUUGAUUGCGUUUUUGCAUCCCUCCUCCUCCUCUAUGGCGUUUCAGAGGAUUUAUUAUGAAGGAGCACAGAGCUGGAUCUCGGGGAAACAAGUUGGUUGGACUCCCGAGGGCGACUUUUAGGUUAUCGCUACACGCGAUAUUAAACGACUAAAUCUAAGCCGAUGUUCCCUCUGCGGCCACAUUAGCGCCCGCCGAGGAGAACAUCGAGACCCGUGAGCCAAACAACAAAAUCAAAGUGCCAAAUCUGUUCUUUAUGCACGCUACCGAGACUGUUUUUUAUUUUUUUUUCUAAAAUAUGACUGUUUUGAAUUGACUGUUAAUGCACAGUUUGGUAGAAAUCACCGAAUAGCUGAGUAAAGAGGCGUUACUGCAGCCCGUCCAUUAUCAGAAUUCACAUGAAGCUCCGUUGUGGGUCAUUUCGGUUUUUCGCACCAAAUAUGGAAGCCCAUUUGUGCCAGGAAAAAAAGAAAAUGCUAGAAAUAACAGAAACAUAACUAAAAAGUGGAGCUAUAAAGUCAAAUUUGUCAGAAUAAUGAAAAAAGGCUCAAAAAGUAAACAUUUCAUCCUGUUACCUCAUAAUUUUGCACAUAUUUGGCUGAUUUUGAUCAAAAAAUAGGAAAGCGUAACAAAAUCUGAGAUGUUCAAUCAAACGUUUGACUUUUUUAUUUCAAAAUUUUAAAAUUAGAAUUUUUUACCUCAUAAUUUCACUUAAAAGUAAAAAUUUGCGAUAAACUGGAGAUAUUAAGCCAAAUUUGUAGCUUUGUAAAUUUACAUCAUUUUAAAAUCAGUGUUUGCAUUUAGUGUCAAAACUUUAAACUGCAGUCUCAUAAUUAAUGUUUUUUGUCAUAUUUUUGACUUUAAGUUUGAAAAAAAAGUUGAAUACAUGUAUAAACCAUGAAAUUUUCACCUAAAGUCUCAUGAUUUCUUCUUCUUGGAUUUUUUUCCUGCCAGAAAUGGGUCGCACAUUAAAGAAGCUCCGCUUGCUGCUCUGCACUACAAUCCAGCUGCUAGAUAUUAGUUAGUUUUACCAAAUCCCAAAAAAAAGCUCAGAACUCUUACAGGCGGUGUUGAGGCGAACGGUUUUCGUGCUGCUCAGACUAUCUGCGAGGAGAUUGAUAGUCAUGUGGGGUAUUUUUGUAGAAAGUAAAAGAACGGGUGGCCUAGACAGCAAAGAAUGUACACAGAUUAUCUAUGAGUAGUCUAUGGAGUCAGAGUUCUAGAUCAGAGAUUAGAUGAAUUAUGUGAAGUUUAUUAUGGAGGGAUCGUCUGAGGAAAAAUAUGCAAUGCUUGUCAGGUUAAAAAAAGGUUUCAGAACUGCUCAGGUUUGAUAAAUCCGGCCUCAAAGGGUGCUUUCUGUCUUUUUUCCUUCCCUUUUUCUACCUCCCUUGUCCUCUGUUCUGUCAAGCACAUACAACCAUCUUGGCUCAUGAAAAAAAGCUCUCUGCUCGGCUAACUUUGAAAACCUGAAUAAAUAAAGGGAUCCACUGUGUAGCAAGCGUCAAAAAUUCAGAGAUGUUAAGUCAAACCUUUGACUUUUUUCAUAAAAUUUAAUUUCUUUUUACCUCAAUUUCACUUAAAAGUACAAAUCUGAGACAAAAAAAUAGGAGAUAUUAAGUCAAACAUUUAAUUUUUUAUUAAAAGAUACUCAUAAGGUUAACAUUUUGUCUUAUUACCUCAAUUUUCAUUUAAAAAGUGCAAAUGUUGCAAAUUUGUUGCAGCUUUUUGCAUAUUUUUGUCGUCAUAUCUCUAAAUAACAACUUGUGAGUGUUUGUAGGUCACUUGGGUUCUUUGUGCACCACUGUACGGAAGCCCAUUUGUGCCAGAAACAAAAAUACAACAAAAGCUUGGAUAUAUUGAGUCAAACUUGUAGCUUUUUAAUGUCAGAGUUAUGAAAAGAGGCUCAUAAAGUUCAGAUUUCAUCCUAUUAUUCUGUAAUCUUCAUGCAAAAAGCAAAACUUUUGCACAAUUUUGGAUGAUUUUGACAAAAAAUGUAUAGAAAGCGUAAAAAAUUCUGAGAUGUUAAGUCAAGCUUUUGACUUUUUCUCUAAGUCACCACUUGUGAAUGUUUGUGGGUCAUUUGGAUUCUUUGUGCACCACUGUACAGAGGCCCAUUUGUGCCAGAAAUAAAAAGAAAAUGUUAUACAUGACAAAGUAUAAGAAAAGUGUAAAAAAAAAUCUCAGAUGUUAAGUCAAACUUGUGAUUUUUUUCAUGUCAAAAUUCUAAAAUUUACUUUUUUUACCUCAUAAUUUCACUUAGAAAUAAAAAUGUCACAUAUUCGUUGGUGAUUUUACAUAAAUAUAUUUAAUUUUAUUGUCAGAGCACCAGCAGAUCACCACCUCUAUUAAAGCUCCACGUCCACUGGGAACACCUUUUCUCUACUACCGUGGUUUUUCAGUUUGUUUUUUUUCUCACAUUGUUUACAGCAGAUCUCGGUGUUGCAUGUACAGAAAGCUUAGCAUGCUUAUGGUAUGUUCUUAAAAACUCGCAAAAAACACACUCAAACCUACCACAGAGAGGUUUUUCAUUCUUCUAGUGGUCUCCGUAAACAGCAGGACCAGCAUUUUUAUGACUAGAAAGCAGAUUAAACACAGCGGACACAACAAAGUCCUACGUCUUGUAUGCAGCUGUCGGUGCUCGUAGAUGUUUUUAUGUCAGACUCUGUUCCUAGAUGGGGUUAUGUUGUUUAAAUGUCUAUGAACUAUAUGUGUCUGUAUUCACUAUUUUACUAUCCGCUGUCCUAUUUAUGACAAAAAAAAUACCCAUCUUUGUGCAUCUAUGUAGAAAACCCAGAAGUCUCUGGUUUGCCUGGACAGUGCAUUAACACCUUCUAUGAGCCUUUGUGUGUUUAGAUAUUUCAGCAAACCAACAGGACGCAUCGUGAACCUCCCAGUCUGAGGCUCUGGGUUUGAUUUGCUGUUUUUUUUAAGGAAAUUUUCUGUUUUUUGUCUGUUUUCUCUCUUCUCAAGGACCUUGUUCAGCCUACUCAGUACACUUGCAACUAUGGAAACACAAACAAUAACUUCAAUAAUUCAGAAACCAGCAGUAGAUCUUUUACACAGACAUGCAAAUGAGCUAUUUAAAACAAAAACCACACAUACCGCUUUUCUUAUAUUUUCUAUCUCAAGAGUUCCUCGCUUCGCUGUGACUGCAGACGAUGCGUUCUGCAGACACUCAGGGGUCGGCUCUGUCCGGUCGGGGUCGGGGAUAGUCGGAAGGUGCCAAAGACGAGCAAUGUGAGGUUGUGUUUUUUUCGGGGUCGGUGGGGUGAGCGCAUGGUGAGCAAGUGUGUCAUGAAAAACUCUCAGCCGGGCGACAUCCUAUUAUCUCUGGAGCAGUGUUGCUACAACUCGCCAUAGGAAGAAGCAACCAGCUGGAACACAUUGGGUAAAUGAGAGGCCCAUUGAUACCAGUAUGAAUCUAUACAUUUAUUUUUGCUUGCAGUAAAUUGACAGUAAACACAAUCAAUAUAAAAACUUUGAAUAACUUACGUGUGACAGGCUAUGCAAGAAGCUAUCUUUAUCUCAUUUAUUUGUUUAGUAGUUGUGAAAGCAACAUCUGUAAAGGUACAUGUCCACGAGAUGCGUUUUUCCCAGGCGUAAACUAACCGUGACAUCACCCGUUGGUUUCAACGCCGAGAAAAUGAAGCCCGGAUUUUGCUACUUCCUGGUCGCCGUUUUGGAUUUUUUGGAGCCAGUGACGUAAAAAGCGUCAUCAAACAGACUGGACCGGAGAGCAACUAGGGGCAGGAUUGGCUGAGGACUCUCUUAUCCCGCCCACGUUUUACCGCAGAGGCUUCUGUUGCUGUCCAUCAAGUAUAGCCACGCCCCCUGGCUCCGCCAACUUUAACGAUUUAUUUAAAAUUCAGUAUUGAUUUAUUUUAAGAUCGGCCACCUGAUCUCUCAUUUUGACCAUGAAAACUAACGGGGAAAAAAAUCCUGAGUUGUAGAACAUCAGUCUAUCAAAUUUUAUUUUUUCCAAAAAUGAAUUGGGGUCUAUGGAGAAAAAGCUUUUUGGAGCCAACCCUAGCGGACAGCGGGAUAUUGCAAGUUUUUGACACUUCCGGGUGGGCUUCAAUUCUGGAGCCAGAUGCUACGUCCACUAUAUAUACAGUCUAUGGUUUUUCCUGCCUGUAAACGCACCGCAUCUGAAAAUCGCACGCAUGGUGGGCGAUCGCCAGCGGGCCACAACAUGGUUUCAUGACAGUGUUUUAGCUUCAACCAACAUGGCGGCUCGGCUGCAAACUUUCCCUUUUAAUUUCGAAAACACUGAAGGGAAAAGUGUUUCUGAAAGCAUCUGAGGCGAGAAACAAGUUGUGCGGUAGCUGAAUCUGUCCUCAUUUUAGUUCACCUACGGCUAGUUUAGACGUUUGAUGAAAGUUGGAUCUUCACAUGCCGGUCUGGUUGCGUUGUGUUUCGAGGUGGGAUUUGCAUAAAGCAGACUCGACUUUUACUUCAUGCAAAUUCAAUGCGGCGUGCAGAGAUCUGACACAUCGCGAAACUUUCCUCAAACGUCUAAUCUAGCCAUUGAUGAACUGCAACAAGGACAGAUUCAGCUACUGCACAGCUUAUUUCUCACCUCAAAUGCUUUCAGAAAUACUUUUCGCUUAAGUGUUUUCAAAAUAAAAGAGAAAGUUUGCAGCCGAGCCACCAUGUUGGUCCGACGCAUCUACUGGACUGUCGAGCUGAAAGCUGCCACGUAACAAUGUUGUGGCUCGCUAGUGACCGCCCACCAUGAGUGCAAUUUUCAGAAGCGGCAUGUCUAUGCAGGAAAAAUGUAUCUCAUGGACACGCAGCUUCAGCCUCAUGGACUUUUUUAUUUAUCUUUUAGCUUUUUUUGGCUUUAUUGACAGGACAGUAGUGAGAGACAGGAAAGAGGGGAGAGGACCUGCUGCAAAGGGCUGGAUUUGAACUUAUGGGUCGAACCCGCUGACCUACUGGGGUGUAGAGUUUAUUUUGUGCUUUUUGGUGCCAGCAUGCUGCAUUAAAUCUGCAUGGUAAGCAGGUAUCUCACAUUUAGAAAAUCGACACAAUGCCGUCGAGUUUUCUUCCACCUGAGGUCAGAUCCAGUCUUUCAAUGGGCUCUCUUUCUCCCACUCUUUAUAUUUUUUUUGCCAUAUGUCCAUCACUUUUUCACGCUUAUUGUCGCCGCCUCUCUCUGACAGACUCUCAGGCGUUGUUGGGAAUGUUUGUGAGCGUGGAUCUGGGGCGGUAUCCAAGAAUCAGGAGUGGACGGGUCCUGGGAAGGGACAAACUAACGCUUUUAUUGUGGAUAGAAUCAGGAUUACUUCAUACAGGCAGCAAAGCAAGCCCAAAUAAGCGACUACACUUCAGAAAACAAGCCCAAAAACCUGCGACUGAUGAGAUUGGCAAGUGAUUUUUAGGGCUAGCCCAAAUAGCAAUUUCCUGGCUCGGGAUAUUCGGCCCCGAUUAAUGACGAAUAUCAGAAUAUUCGGAUCAGUUCGCAACAUCCGGAUAUUAUUCGUAUUCAUAUAUUCAGGUCCAGCUCUAAUGAUUUAAUGAUUUUACAGAAAAACGAGCCCAAAGUUGCUUAGAAUUCAAGUCAGUUUUGUUGAUUUAGUGCCAGUUAUGAUUCAAAUAUGCCUGUCUUCUCGGAGUCGGGUUGUUUAGGAAUCCAGCCAGUGAACUCCAUCUAAGGCUAAAUAGUUUUCUCUGUUUCCCAACAUUUUUUCACAUUUUAAAAGAUCCCUUUUAUCACAAAGCAAGCUUAGAGGCCUUUUCCACCCACGCGUAAUUGUAAGACUUGGCAACACUGCUCCGGAGACGAGAUGGGAGAGGUUGAAGCUAUCGCUCGAUGCCCGAUCGGCGGAGGGAAUCGUCCUUCUUCGUGUCGCCGUGUCCGGAUCUCAGCAAAGUUUGACAGUGAAAUUUUUUGCGUGGGUUAGUCUGCUGCAAAACGGGGGAGGAAAAUAAAAAACUCAGUUUGCAGGGAUACACAUGGCCAUUCACUGUCCGAAGAGUAGAUAUCUCUCCUUCAGUCUCUAUCCACAGGUGCCAGAUAUUCAUAUAUGUGUAUUUUCAGGGUAAAACAAAGAGUAGCAGAAAGUAUUUAAAAGUCAGUUUACUUUUCUAGAACUACCAUCACACAGGAUAUUAUAUAUACACAUAAAUAUAUAAAUAUAUAUAUAUAUAUAUAUAUCACCGUUUCCCGGUACUACAAAGCCUCCUGGUGUCUGGUGCACGUCGGACCGCACCGUAAUAAAAUGUCUACUAUUAUUAAUAAUAAUAAUAAUAAUAAUAAAUAAAUAAACCCAGGUUUUUAUUGUUUUUUUUUCAUUUUAUUUUCCUCUUUCUUCAGUUACCUCUCAGUUGACGUCACUGUCGCUGGCAUGCAAAAGGAACAAUAUUCAGGAUUCAUUCCCUUCACGAAGCACAGGGGUAAAACAAACGGAAACGAAAAGGACGUACGGUGGAGCUCCGCCGUUACGUCCUUUUUACCGAAUAAACUUCAACACACGACAGCGCAGGAAAAACCUCCGAUUAUCUACUGUGAUCUCCUCUCACUCCACCCACACCUCCAUCACACCCCAACCCCUCUCCUCUCACCUGGACCUGUCCUCCCCUCCAGCGAUCACCCAACACCCCCUGCUGUUCCCUGAGCGCCCACCGCCCUCCUUUUACCUCCUCCCGCCUCCUUUUUAUUUUGCGUCCUCCUCCCUGCCGAGUCCAGUGGGUGGUGUGAUGUCAGGUUUUUAUGGUGGGCUGCUUACGACAGGUCCAGACAAUCAGCGUGUUUGUAAAUGUCAGUGUGUGAUUUUCAAAUUCUUUGUUUAUGGUCAGGGUUUUAAAGGAAGAUAUUUUUAUGGUAAUUGUCGCUGGUCUAUUUUACUAUAUAUUUAUGUAAUAAAUAUGUGACUAAAUUUA